AUCCGAGCACCUUGGCGAGUACUGAUCAUCGGUAGCGCUAAAAAGGAGCUAAGCGAUUCCAUUCAACAUGAAGGUUCUCAUCGUUCUUUCUGUCGUUCUGGCUUGCGCCUUCGCUCGUCCAUCACUGAUUUACGCCAAGCUAACACCCGGGGCACCGAUCGGCCUAGACGGCCGGGUAGUGGACACCGCGGAAGUAGCGUUGGCCAAGGCCGAGCACGCGGCCGCUCAUAUCAACGAGAAGAUCAAUCUGGCCCAGGAAGCUGUCAGAUCGGCCGACGUGCUCGCUUACGUCGCGCCGGCGAACGUGGCCGUGAUCGGCGGGGCCCAGCUGGUGGAACCGGUCGCGGUGGCGACGAAACUGGUGCCCGGGGCACCGAUCGGGCUCGACGGGCGUGUCGUGGACACGCCGGAAGUCGCCCUCGCCAAGGCGGAGCACGCAGCGGCGCACGUCAACGAGAGACUCAGCCACGAGGUCGCGAGAUCGGCCGCUUACGAACAACCGCUUGUCAUCCUGAAUCACGGUGCGCCGCUCAUUUUCUUGCUCGCCACGGCGGUGACCUGUAGAGCCGCGUACGUCGGUCCAUCCCCGUACGGGAGCCCCUUGGUCCACCCCCAACCCCAGCAGAUCGCCCCGAGCUACGCGCCACCGGCUCCAGUCGGCGAGGACGGAAACGUCAUCGACACGCCGGAAGUGGCGCAGGCAAAGGCCGCGCAUUUUGCCGAAUUUGCGAGAGCCGCCGCCCGCGCGGCCCAGGACGAGAAGAAUCAGCAGCAGCUGUCUGGUUACAAUCCGCAGGUCUCAUCGCCCACUUACAGCUACCCAACGACCGCUCAACCUACGGCAAUGCCCUAUCAGAGACAGGCCGAUUAUCAGCGACCUACUCCGAUCUAUCAGACGGCAAAUCACGUGCCGGCACCACCAGUCUACGCGCCGCUCAAUUAUCAGCAACUCCAGCAAUAUGAUGCUCGCGCAAAUUUCGUGGACCAGAAGGAUUACGCGUUACCCGCCAAGACCACUACCUUCGUGCCGGCGCCGUUGGCCGAGGACGGGACGGUCGUAGACACGCCGGAAGUGGCGGCCCUGAAGGCUGCCAGACUGGCCGAACUCGCCGAGGCCGAGGCUCGUGCCUACAAGCACGCGAGCGCUCAUCCGAACGAAGACCAGGGUCAAGCUUAUUCUGGAUCGCCGGUUGGUGCCGCUCCCGUCAACUACAAUGCUAAUCUAGGACAUUAUGGUGCUUCCCAACAAUUUCUAGGAUCCUCGUAUCCUGGAACUCAGCCUUACUCCACGCAACAAGCAUACAAUCCGUCGUCGGGAUACCAGCCUCAGCAUUAUCAGUCCCAGCGUCUGAUAGGAACCUACAUUAUCUUGAUAACCGUCGUUGCCAUAAUUUCGGCUACACCGACGUAUUAUCAAUAUCAUGGACCACCCGCGCCGAUAGGUCACGAUGGCAGAGUCAUAGAUACACCGGAAGUAGCCCAUGCCAAAGCGGCACAUCUCGCCGCCGUGGCGGAAGCUGCCGCGAAAGUUCCGUACGGUCUGACUUCCUAUGCGAGAAAUCCGGACUAUCAUGGAUAUUCGAAACCGGUAUCGGUCAGUCGUCAGAUGUAUCACAGUGGACACGGAUAUCACGGACCACCUGCUCCGUUAGAUCACGAAGGUCGCGUAGUAGACACGCCGGAAGUGGCCCGAGCGAAAGCCGCGCACUUGGCGGCUUACAAUCACAUAGCUUCCUCGGCACCUGUCGGCGAGGAUCAUCCCCAGAGUUAUGAUCAUCAUUAUUAUGGCGCUUCGUUAGUCGCUCUUGACGAUGAUGAACGUGAGAGACUCUCGGCCAAAGAAGUAGCCGACAACGCAAAACUGACCUCGGCAGGCAUGAAGGUUCUCAUUGUACUCUCCGCGCUCUGCGCCAUUGCGGUCGCAAAUCCGAUUUACCUAGCUUAUCGCACCGGCGUGCCACUCGGGCCUGACGGUAAAAUCCUGGACACCCCGGAAGUGGCGCAGGCAAAGGCGGCGCAUCUCGCUACUCAAGCUUACGAGGCCGUCAGAAACACGCUCGGCUAUGCACCCGCCCUGGCCAUUUAUGCACCUGCAAUUACGUACGGCGCACCCAUCGGCGUGGACGGUCGGGUGGUAGACACACCUGAGGUCGCCCAGGCCAAGGCUGCCCAUCUCGCCGCUCACGCCCAAGAGGCUGCCAAGACGGUCGGACUAGCUCCAUACGGAGCUUUGGCGUACGCUCCUUCGCCUGUAUUAUAUGGUUACGCUCCACUUGGAUCCGACGGCAGAGUAAUAGACACCCCCGAAGUGGCGCAAGCUAAGGCUGCGCAUUUUGCCGCUCACGCUCAGGAAACUGCCAGAAACGCUGUUCAACAAGUGUAAUUAUUAAAAACUUCGAUACACCGCGCAUAUAUAUUGGUCAAAUCUGUCUCUUGAUCUCUUAAUCGGAGAUACUCGUACCACGUUCUUCAUGGAUCUGAGGAAUCUUUGACAAUAAACGAACCAUGUUUAAAUAUUA